AUGUCGUUAAGAACCGAAGCUGGGUACGAGAAAGAUCUACUCCAAAUGGUUAUCGAAAAUGCCAGAAUGGAAGAAUUCAUUAGCAGCCACGACGCACGUGAUCGCUUCAUCGUCGACAACUGCAAAACCACUUACUUUGCCGGGUACGAAAGUACCGCUGUUUCAGCCGCUUGGUGUCUAAUGCUCUUGGCCGCCUACCCGGAGUGGCAGGAAAGGGUCCGGUCCGAGGUUGCCAAUGCUUGUCGUGGCCAAGUUCCCGUUGCCGAAUCCGUCCGCAGAAUGAAAUCGAUAACGCCACCUAUAUUAUACUACCACCAGAUAUUUCUCACCUUAGAGUGUUUGAGCUAUAAGGAAAAAAAGCAAUUGGCUGCAACCAGCAAGAGGUGGUCUAUCCAGCAAUUAGACAUUAAUAAUGCCUUCUUGCAUGGUUACCUGGAUGAGGAGGAAAAUAAUUCUUUUGAAUUCAAUCCACAAAAGUUUGCAGAUGGCGAUGUCAAGACUUGCAAGUAUCCACAGGCAUAUAUGCCAUUUGGAAUCGGACCAAGGAGGAUGACACUUCCUCAUGAUCACCCUACUCCUGGAUCCUGUUUCCAUCUUGGGUAUGAUCCGAUGAGCAAGAUGUACAAAUUACUGAGAUUGAACUAUCAUCUCCUCCUUCGGAAUGCUAAACGAUCUAACCCGGUAGGAGCCGAUAUAAUGACGCUGAGGCCCUCCAAUUAUAAUAGUACAUCAUCAUGGAGGAAGCUAGACUUGAUUGAAUGUGGCCUUGGUGGUAUUCUUGGUGCCGUCAAGGAUCCGCCGCCGUUCGAUGGAAGUUCUAUCUUGGGCAAUGAUGGUUUCCUAUGGUGGUACUCGACAAACCCAAAAUUACAACUAUUCACUUUCGAUCUAAACAAUGAGAUAUUUCAAAUGAUUGAGUUUCAGGAGGGCAUCAGAGGAGAUGAGUGGAGAUUAAGACAAAGCCCUGUUUUUACUCUGUCCAUGGGGCGGCCGGCUAUAUGGAAUUUUGGGCAAGAUGAUCCUUUCAGGUGUAUUACCCUCUUUGUGUUUGAAGAAAAUAAGCAAUGGAAAAAGCAUUGUGUACAGCUGCCUGAACAACUUGGGGAAGUGGCAUAUUUCGUUAUCAAUAUCGGAAACUUACCCACCGGUGAGAUUUUAUUCACGAAUGUUUGCUUGAGAAAUCAAGACCACUGCUGGCCUGUUUGUUCCUAUAACCAUCACACCAAUAAGUUUGAGUAUUUUCUGAUUGAAAAUCUUCCUAUCCCUUAUAAGAUUCCUCAUGAUUUAGUUCGUGCAUAUAAUCAAAGCCUGAUUUGCUGCGAAGAAUUCUUUGUUCACACCUCGUUUCUACAAGAUAGUAGUAGUGUUUACCUAACACUGGAUGAUGUACUAAGUGGUGGGGGGGCUUUGAGCUGA